UGAUAUGAAAAAGAAGUUGAAGAAUAAAAAGAAGAAUAGAUGAAUAAUUUCUUUACUAACUGUGAAAGUGAAAAAAUAAGUUGGAGCAUAAAUUUAAAGAAUAGCUUUAUAUAGAACAGAUUAUUUGUUAUCAUCAUUACAAACAGUAAAAAAAGAAUACUUACAAUUUGAAAUUAAGUAAAUGUUACUGUCAAAUGAUGGGUGAUGUGUAAAAUAAAUAAUAAAUAUGGUUUAAUGUCUACAUUGAAUUUUGAUACACAGAUGUACAUGUUCACUCGAGACUGUAUAAUGUGAAAAAAUAUUUGAUAAAAUAUUAAUAAAAAUAAUAUUUUCAUUACGGAAAAAAGGGAAUGGUCAUUGAUUUCAACAUCACAAAUAAAAAAGUUUUGAAAUGUUCAAAGAAACUGAAUCAUCACUCGGUGUAAAUUGCAAUAGUGGUCCAUCUCGACCUAGAAGACAUUUUCCGAGAUUUUCAUUAAGGACUUUAUUAUAUUCUAGUCCACUUUUGGGACGAAGAUUUAUUAGAACAGCACCUCCUAGUUCUUUAAGUAAUAGUAGAAAUCCGAAAACAAAAAAUGUAUCAGCUCACAAACAAUCACAACAAAAUAGUGACGUGGAAAAAGGUGAAGCUAAAGUCUUGAAUAACCCAAAUCAACGCCAAGUAGAGCGAAAUUUAGAAUUCGAUCGCAAUGGAAGCAAAAAUGAAUCAACCGUAAUAUUUAAUGUAGCUGGAAAGAGUAGCGAAACUAAUAGUGACGUGAUGGAAUGUCCCUUGUGUUUAGCAGAACUGCCAUCAGAAGUGUUUCCAGUUGUACAAUCUUGCCACCAUCGUAGUUGUUUCGAUUGUUUUCAACAGUAUUUACGUGUUGAAAUAUCAGAAUCAAGAGUUAAUAUUGCUUGCCCUGAAUGUGCAGAACCUUUACAUCCCAAUGAUAUACGAAUGAUUUUGAAUGAUCAAAUUCAAUUGGAAAAAUAUGAAGACUUUAUGGUUCGUCGAGUGCUAGCAGUUGAACCCGAUGCAAGAUGGUGUCCUGUUCCAGAUUGUAGUUAUGCUGUUAUUGCAAGUGGAUGUGCAUCAUGUCCUAAAUUACAUUGUGAACGGCCUGGAUGUGAUUCAUAUUUCUGUUACCAUUGUAAAGCUCGUUGGCAUCCUAAUCAAACUUGUGAUGCUGCAAGAGCCCAAAGAUUUCAUCGUGAUCAAAGUUUAUCAACAAGUUUUAGCCAAAUUGAAGCAGCAACACGGCAAAAUUGUAAUGAUAUCAAACCAUGUCCAAGAUGUCAAGUUUUGAUUGUAAAAAUGGAAGAUGGUAGUUGUAAUCACAUGACGUGUGCUGUAUGUGGUGCAGAAUUUUGCUGGCUAUGUAUGAAACAAAUCAGUGACUUACAUUAUUUAAGUCCAUCAGGGUGUACCUUUUGGGGUAAGAAACCCUGGUCACGAAAAAAGAAAAUUUUAUGGCAACUAGGAACAUUGGUAGGUGCACCUGUUGGAAUUGGGCUUAUUGCAGGAAUAUCUAUUCCAGCUAUGAUUAUAGGUAUUCCAGUGUGGGUAGGAAGAAGGCUUUAUUCUAAAUAUCAACGAACAAAUAAACAUAAAAGGAAUGCAUUGAUUGUUGGUGGAGUAACAGCAUCAAUCAUUGUAUCACCAGUGUUAGCAGGUUUAGCCGUGGGAAUAGGCGUUCCCAUUUUACUUUUCUAUGUUUAUGGAGUAGUGCCGGUAUCACUCUGUCGUAGCGGUGGGUGUGGAGUAUCAACAAAUGGUUCUGGGGUCAGAUUCGAAUUUGAUGAUGAAAAUGAAUUAAUGAUUAUGAGUGUAUUGGGUAAUGGAAAUGGAGGUAGCGGAAGGAGAAAUAUUGGAGAUACUAUAUCGUUUGCUGGUGGUACUAGUACUAAUGGAGCUGAUGGAGUAAGUCAUCAAAGCGUUGGAAAUAAUCCAUCAAUUGGAGAAGCUUCAUUGGGUGGAAGUGGAAGCUUAUUGGAAAAAUUAGGAAGAGAAAACGAUUGUGAAAGCGCAAGCAACAUUGCAGUAGCUAGUCUUGCAGGAAGUAUAACAUCGAGCGUUUUGUUACCAAACAGUAAUAUUAGUGGAGGACAAAAAUUAAAAGUGGAGGCUGAUGUCACAGUAUCCGGUCAACGAUUUAGUGUUGUAAGUGAAACUACAUCAGAUACGACCAAAAGUCUUUCGGGAAAAUCAGUAAACGCAUCAAUAACAGGGGAUGAUGGAGCUGCAUCUACACGAGCAUUGGCUGGUUCAGUACUAAAUUUUAAAGUUGAAGGUGGAAAUGGUUUGAUCUCGGAAAAUUGCAAAGGUAAUGCAGAAAACGAACCAGUGAUGAUGGUUACUUCAUCUACUUCAAACGAAUCAACAGAAGAAAUAAAAAAAAAUAUAAUUGAAGCUGAAAAUGAGCAAACAGAAAAUCGAGUAAAACAUGAGGACAAUUUAAGUGUAAUUAGAGUAUAAUACUGAGGCAAAGUAAUUAAAGUUGACGCUGCAACGACAUGUUAUAAUUUAAAAUAAAACGUAGAUGAAAAACAAUUUGUGCUUAAAAAUACAGUAUUGGAUAAUUGUAAUGCAUGAAUCAAUAAUUAAUAUUGAUGAAAAGAACUGAAAAGAUUGAUAAAAAGGUAAAAAUAAAAUAAUGUAAUCCAAGCAGUAAUGUAAUGUGUAUGUAAGGCGGAAAAACAGGAUGAAAGAUUCAAUUCGCAGAGUAAAACAACGUGAUUCAUAUAACGAUAAUAAAAACUAUAUACUUGUAUAUACAUGAAGGCGAAUAGUAAAAUGUAUAUUAAUAACAAAAGAAUAAACAAUUUGAUAAAUUUUAAUGAUGUAA